UAGUAUAGUAUGACAGAUCCUCCUGAUCAUUCAACGAAAACACCUGUUAUUGAUGCUACAUCAGUAUUAUUUGGUUCAGAAAUAGAAGAUCAUCUUUCAUACCCCACUUUUUCUAACUAUACCCCCACCGAACGACAAGAUGAUUUACAUGAUGUUCUUAAUGCCUUACUUGAACUCCACGAAUUAGAAAAUAAGAAUGAAUAUGAACAAUUUUCAAUAAAUCAACAAAGUAUAAUAAAGGCUAUUAAUCUAAAUGCAAAAAUUCAAAAAGAAGUAGAGCGGCAAAUCCAAAUUAUUGAUGAUCAACUAUCAAUUAACGAAGAAUUAAUGUUAGAGGCAAAACAAUUAGCACUUGAAGAAAAUCGUUGCAGUACUACAGUUAUAAUUCAUAAACAUUAUAAAUCUGAUGUUAAUUAUUUUGAUCAAGAUGAAUUACUUGAUUCCACAUCGGAUAGGAAUACUCCAAAUGAUAUUGAAAAUCGAUAUAAUAUAAAUCUUGAUCUUUCAAAACUGAAACAGGAUUAUAUAGAAGAAGACGAGGAUAAUAAUGAUGAUGAUGAAAGCCAACAUGCAGAUAAUGAGCAAUUAUUACAAAAAAAAUCAUGGAGCUUGUUUGAAAGGAAUAGGUUAGCAGAAGCAAUACGAUCAGAAGCUCAACGACUAAUAUCUAUUGACUUUAUGAAAAGAAACGAGGCCUGGCGUGUAUGGGAUGUGGAUAAGAUGAAACACACAGAAUUAGAGUCAUUUCCUGUUGAGAGAAUUGAUUGGGAUCGUAUUAGUAAUUUGCAUGUUCAAACCAGAACACCUACUGAAUGCUUAAUCCAAUGGACAACACAAGAGCACCCUUCUAUCAAUAAAAAACCAUGGACAAAAAGUGAAACAGAGCGAUUAUCAAAGCUUGUAGAUGAAAUUGGACUUUUCAGUGGUCAAUGGGAGCGUAUUGCAAAUGAAUUAAACACAAGUCGUACCAUAGCUCAAUGUUUUUCACACUACAUGUCUACAAAAAAUAAUACAGCUGCUAGAAGUUUAAAAUGGAGUGCUGAAGAAGAUAAAAAGUUAGCAGAAGCGGUAAAGAUAUUUGGUGAUUGUAAUUGGCAGCAAGUGGCAGCCAUUUUAAAGGGACGUACAGGACAACAGUGCCUUCAUCGAUGGAGUAAAACAUUAAAACCUGGAAUUGUUCGAAAAAGAUGGACAGUUGAAGACGACGAAGCUUUACAAAGAGCAAUCCAUUUAUAUGGCGUUGGGAACUGGACAAAGAUACAACGACUCGUGGCAGGAAGAACAGACAUGCAAUGUCGUGAGAGAUGGGCUAAUGUUCUACAUCCUGGUAUUAAUAAGGGACCGAUGACUCAAGAGGAAUCAGAUAAACUUGUUCAGCUGGUACAGCAAUAUGGAAAGAAAUGGUCUUUAAUAGCUCGUUAUAUGCCUGGAAGGACAGAUAAUACAUUAUUAAGACAAUACAAAGCAAUUAUGAAUAGGCAAGCAGCGGAAGAGAAAAGGAAAGCGAGAGAAAAGGAAAAAGAAGAAAGAAAGAAGGCUAAAGAAAAGGAAAAAGAGGAAAAAAGAAAAGAACAGGAAGGUACAGAAGGGAAGGGACAAGAAAAUAGAAAAAAGGAGAAAGAGAAGAAACAAAAAGAAAAGGGCAGUACAAAAAAGAGAGGCGCUCAAAAGAGAAAAAGAACUCCUCUACAAGAAGAAAAUCCAAUAGAAAUUAGUCAAAAUAACGAUAAAGAAACAGAAGCUUUGAAAGAUUUAGAAAACAAAGUAAGUAAUGACAAUAGUGAAAGUUCUGUGUCAAAUAACUUGAAUCAAAAUAAUGCAUAAAUUAUGAUUUAUUAUUUUUACAUGUCCGAUACUCUACUUCUCUUUUUUUUUUUUUUUUUU